AUGUACUCUGAGGGUGAUCCCCGCGUGCUGGAGCUGAACGGUGCCUUUAAUGUCGGUAACCGCGGCAUGGUCGAAUUCAUUGAGGUGUUUAAGAACGAGACCGAAUACCUGCACGCCAUGAUUACGGCCACGCAAGAGAAGUUUGUCCCUGCGCCAGGACGGCACGGCACAGUGUAUAUAGACUCGGUCAUUGUUGCCCACUCGAACGAAGCCGAAUGGCAAAAGUUCAAAGCCGACCAUACCAACGAAGCCAAUCUUGACCGUAUUGUGGUGGUCAAGGAGCAGGCUGAGACCUUGUUUCAGAAUUAUCUGGAUCAUGCUGAAGCGUAUGUGAACAACACCAAGGUCAAAGAUGCCAACACCCGCGAAGAACUCCAGCCGGAUGAGGGUUUCCUCAAAUCGGUGGAAGAGCAGAUUGCGAUUAUCGGCUCAGCAGCCGAGGGUUUCCGACAGGAAGUGAUCGCGUACCUGUGGGCAGCUGGUCGGCGGAACGAGAAGGUCUCAUACCAGAGCUAUGAGCCGCUCAAAGAAGCAAUUGAAAAGAAGCUCAUGAGUUCAGUCCGUGAUAUCAGCCGUAUCAUUACCAAAGCCCGUACCCGGGACGAGGAACAGACGGAUAAGUACGGGGCCAUGGUGCAGAGUCUGCUAGAGAAUGGCUACUGCGAACAUGUGUGGAUGUGGUGCUGA